AUGUUCAAAUUAAUUCCGUCAUCUUCAUCAUUAUCCAUGUUGAUGAAAUCCAAUCAAUUACGGAGUCGAUUUGCCAUCACUCAUUCUAUUAACAAGCACAAAUUAUUCGGAAUAAACAAUAGAUACUUUUCAAUUCUUUCAUCAAAACAAUUUCAACAACAACAAAUAAUUUCUCCCACUAACAAUGAACAAGAAAAAGCACUUUUGGAACAAGAAGAAUGUAAUAGAGUAUUUAAAUUAUUGGAUAAUUAUCCAAAGGAGACGGGUAUCAUUUUACAUGAAAUUAAAAAACAAUUAACAAGAUUGGAAUUAGGAAAAGGAAAGAGAGAAGCAGGCCAAUUGAUUGGUCUAUUGAAGAUUACACUUCCUUGGCUGAAGAAUUUUCUCACCACUUCAAUACAAAUGAAGGAUAUGACAUUCCUGCUGAAAUAUUUCAAUAAGGAUGUGUUUAUUGGAGAUAGAGCCAAUCCAGAAAUUGUUUCGAGGCAGGUUUCACUCAUGAGUCCUAUUGAGCAGCCAGUUUUUAAUGAAAUGACAAUUAAGGAACCUGAAAGGAAGAGAAUUAUUUUCACUGAUAUUCAAUCAUGUGGACCAUGGAUUGAUUUGCUGGUGAGUCAUAACAAGACGAUUUGCUUUGAUUGUGAGUGGAAUUUUCAUUCGAGGUCAACUGAUGGACCUAAAGUGAUUCAACUAUCGAAUGGAUGGCUCACUCUAAUCAUUUACGUGGAUUCAAUACAAGUAUCAAGUGGGAAAAUUCAUGAUCUCUUCUGGGAUAAGAAAAUUACAAAGUUUGGAUAUGACAUUAGUCCAGAUGUGAAACGUUUAUCAAAUUGGUUCAACUACAAGAAAUUGAAUCCCCUCCCAGAAAUGAGCAACCUUUCGAGUAUUGGAAUUCUAGAUGCUGAUCCUCUCAAAUUUGGUCUCACUAAUUUACUAAAAUUUGGAGUUGUUAAGGGAAGAGAAAUUGUACCACUUGUUGGAAAACAAAAAAACAAUUACAAUUUUCACAUUUGGAAUUUGGAUCAAUUAGAUCCAUACACUGGCAAUGGAAUGCACCACUUGGAAUACGCAGCCAGUGACGUCAUUGCAGGAUUCUACUACUUCUCCAAUGCUGACAUUCACUCCAAAGAUAAUCAAGAUUUAAAUUAUUGGAUCAAUAUUCUUAACCAGAAUGGAUUCCCAAAUACUGAACCACGAGCUACCAACGAAGAAUUGAAAAGAGUUGUCAAUAUUGCCACCAAUCAACGAUUGAAUUAUACAGAUACUUCUUUCGGUAUUCCACUCUUUUUCUCUAUUGAUGAUCAUCAGAAGAAUAAAUCAUUGAGGUAUAGAUGA